AUGAUUCGGAAAAAAGAGAUAAAGGAUCCGCUACUAUUUUUGGAGAGUCUGUUAGAGUGGAUGGGCCUGGUGAGUAUAGCAGAAGAUCGAAGGCCUUGGUAUUAUGUACCGAUGGUGGUCUUACAGCACAUGGCUCACAUCAAUGGCUUGAUGGCAACUUCUCUCUACGUCUUGGGCGAUAAUCCUUUCUUCAGUAAGAUGGAGUCCACACAAUAUUUCAUCUCAUUACUCCAUAUGGUAGCCAAAUACUACAAUCUACACUACAACAGCGCACCUUACAGGCGCCUCAUCGCCACCGCUAAACAUCUUUGGGAGGAGGCGAAGAGAAGACCUCGUAUGGAGAACCUUUUGGCUGAUCUAAGCAAAGAUGCGGAUAAGAAGAUGAAGUUCUUUUUCUUUAUCUUCGCUAUGGGGAGCCCAGCCUCAUGUUUAGUUACACUAUUAGCAAACAUGAUGCAAGAGCCCGAGGAUAGGGGGAAACCUUUCGUCGUAUGGGACCCCGUACCCGAGUCCUGGUACUGGACCAGUUGUUUCAUAGAAGGCUGUUGCAUGAUGGUGGUUCUCUCGAUGCUGGGCACCACUCUGGUUGCCUGUUACGGCAACUGCCUACAAGCGGCCAUUCAGACCAGGAUUUUACAAGAAAUGCUUGAGGAUUCGUCGCUCGACCUACGAGCUUGUGUUCAGCUACAUCAGAAUAUUCUCAGGUACAUUGAGGAGAUAAACAACUAUUUUUCGGGACAAAUGUUCUUGGAGAUAGUAUUCUCUUCCCUGCAAACCGCUAUUCGAGGUUAUGUAUGUCUUAAGUUCUUGAAUGCUGGCAACCCAAAGGUUAUUUCAUCCUUCUUUUUCCUUUCACUCUGCCUACUUGGCCCUUUGAUUGUAUGUUUAAGUGGCCAUUUAAUAACAGAUAGUAGUGAAAACUUAUUCAGAAGCGCUUAUAACAAUGCAUGGUACUCAGCAUCACCAAGAGACAAAAGUAGCCUUGUUAUAGUACUGUGUCAAGCUUCUAAGAUUAAACGGUUGAAUUACAAAAAUCUUCUGGAUUUUAAUAUGGAAAGAUAUUCUGUGGUUGUCCAAGGAACAUACAGUUAUAUCACACUGUUACAAGGUGCUGAUUUAUAG